GUUUGGUAAAUAUUAUGUUUACGUGAAACGUUGAAGGAAAAAUGGGCAAAAAGAGGAAAUUAGGAAAUAAAGACGAUGAAUAUGAAAUUGAUCCAGUGCCUAAACAUUUAGUUGUAGCACAUUUACGAAACCAAGAGAAGCGCCUGAUAAUUGUUCUCGAAAACGCACAAUUGGAGACUGUUAAAGUGGGGAGUUCUUUUCAGUUAUUAAACUGCGACGAUCACGUGAGCAUUCUGAAGAAACAUAAUCGCGAAGUUGGUUCAUGUCGGCCGGAUAUUGUUCAUCAGUGUCUUCUUAUGUUACUUGAUAGCCCCCUCAAUAGAGCAGGUCUUCUUCAGGUUUAUGUACAUACAGAAAAGAAUGUGCUAAUAGAAAUUAAUCCACAAACAAGAAUACCACGCACAUUUAAGAGAUUUGCUGGACUUAUGGUGCAGCUACUACACAAAUUCAGUGUCAGAUCAUCGGAUGGACCAACAAAGCUACUGAAAGUAAUUCGCAACCCAAUUACCGAUCAUCUUCCAGUGGGCUGUCGCAAACUUGGCACAUCAUUCUCGGCAACGAAUGUGGUUAGUCCUAAAGAUUUGGUACCCAGUGAAGAGCCAAUCACAGUUGUUGUAGGUGCAGUGGCCCAUGGCAAGGUGAAUCCGGAAUAUGUCGAAAGCAGUGUAUCGAUCUGCAACUACCCACUGUCAGCAGCUCUCACAUGCACGAAACUGUGCUCUGGCUUCGAGGAGGUGUGGGGUGUAGUAUGACACUUGAAUGUCUAUCACGCAGUAACAUUUCAAAUGGAUAAUAAAUGGCGUUUCUUUCAGAAAAUAAUUGGUUGCAGUUUAAUAUUAAAUAAUUUUUAUACUGCAGAACAACUUUCCUAAUGGAGUAGGUUACAAAUAAAUAUUUCAAAGAA